AUGCAGCCCAAAACGAAGGCCGCGCCGGCGCCGCCCCCGCCCCUGCCCGCCCAGCGCACCCAGUGCCCGCCCGCGGCCACGGUGAUCACCGACGCCCGCGACGCCCGCGACGCCCGCGAUGCCCGCGCCAAGCAGGUGCUCAAGGAGGCCGUGGACGCCGUCGUCAACAGCUUCGCGAAGCACACCCAAGGAUAUGGAAGAGUGAACGUGGUGGAGGCGCUGCAGGAGUUCUGGCAGAUGAAGCAGGCCCGAGGGGCGGACCUGCGCAACGGCGCGCUGGUCAUCUACGAGUCCGUGCCGUCCUCCUGCCAGCCCUACGUGUGCUACGUCACCCUGCCCGGCGGCUCCUGCUUCGGUAGCUUCCAGAACUGCCCGACCAAGGCCGAGGCGAGGCGCAGCGCCGCCAAGAUAGCCCUAAUGAACUCGGUCUUCAACGAGCACCCCUCCAGACGCAUCUCGGACGACUUCAUCGAGAAGGCCGUGACCGAGGCCAGGGCCUCGUUCAAGGGCGGGCAGGGCGACCCCCUGGAGGCCGACAACCCCAACACGGGCAUCGGCGCCUUCCGCUUCAUGCUGGAGAGCAACAAGGGCCGCACCAUGCUGGAGUUCCAGGAGCUCAUGACCGUGUUCCAGCUGCUGCACUGGAACGGCUCCCUGAAGGCGAUGCGGGAGCGGCAGUGCAGUCGGCAGGAGGUGGUGGCACACUACUCCAACCGGAGUCUGUGUUCCAGGGCCCUGGACGACGACAUGCGGUCCCAGAUGGCGCUGGACUGGAUCGCCCGCGAGCAGGAGCAGACGGGCGCGCUGGGCCGCGAGCUGGGCCUGGCGGAGCGGGAGCUGGAGGCCGCGCGCCUGGCGGGCCGGGAGCUGCGCUUCCCCAAGGAGAAGAAGGACAUCCUCAUGCUGGCGCACACGCAGCUGAGCGGCUCGCUGUCCAGCUAGUCGCCGACGACGACGACGACGACGAGCUCCCAGCGCCGCGCCCGCCGUCCCCGAGGGGGCCGCGACCCGGCAGCAAGGACCCUGCGCUCAUUCUACUUUGGCUGUGUUAUUUCUCCGCUCAUGUCACUCAAUCUGUACAGCGUAUUUAAUUUUUUUGCUGUUGAUUUAAUAUUUAUCUUAAUGUAUAGUAAGCUUGCCAGUGAUCUUCCACUAGUGAUAUGUUGAUGGUGCGUCCUCCCGCCACCUCUGAGUCGCACCCCGUCGCCGAGUCUCGGAAAGAGGACCGCGCGUGGGCGACGGCAUGGCGACGGCGUGGCGACGGGCGGGAGGGGCGUCGCAGGGAAGUUCUGACAGAGCUCAACGGUCUUGCCGCGAAAAGGGAGCUUUUCACGAGAUUCGCAGGCUUUGCAGGCUUUGCAAACUUUGUCGGGGAAGUGGCCGUAUUGCUGUGUUGCACACCUAACCCGUGCCAACAUUAGAAAUGUGAUAGGUCUUCAUGUUUGCUGCAUGUUUGACUAUGUAGUCUAUAUUUUACUGUGUACGUAUGUACAGAAAUGUACUGUAAUUUUGUGAAGUCUCGCUUUAGAGGAAUAGAAUAACUUGUCAUGCUUUUACACGGCGCAUUUUCGCCGAAUCUUGAUAUUUAUUCAAACGGCAAUGCUGGGACCCCCAGACUGCGACGUUAUUAAGUCGGAACGCCAUGUUAUGUUAGUUUCUCAUGAUGCCAUUAUUGUAUUGUUUUCCUUCGAUGACACGACACCGACGUCCGUCAUGUCGAGAAAGUGUGUAACUUUUGCUGCCGUCACCAAGUGCCAUGGGAAAGGGAAGAAAAAGGCAUGCCAUGAAAAACGCCGUCCUCACCUCGAUGGACCUGUUUCCUUUUUAAUCGGUCGCCAUUGUUCUUUGUGCCUUAAACCUGAUGGGUAAAAAAACAAAACAAACGCUCACUGCAUUUGGAAAAAGGAAAGUCCCCAAGGGGCCAAAUAUGUUGUAAAUAAAUUUUAUUAUUCGUGUUAAUGAUCUCAUGAAUAACACUGUCACUGUUAUCUUUAAUAUAUUUGCGAAAAUGUGCCCGUGUAUUGCUUCUUGUUUCAAAUAUAAUAUAAAAUUGUCAAUCA